AUGUCCAGACAAGAAGAAGCUUUUGUGGAGCGAAAAGACAAUCCGGAAUCUCUGUCAUUACCGUCAUCCGUGGUCUCCCAAGAUGUGGAAGUCACCGACUUUCGUGGUCCCGGCGAGGACGAAACACAAAACAACUUGGAAAGGACACCGAGUAUGCUACAAAGAGUGCAGACUCGACUUUCUUUUUUCAACGAGCGUCUUCUGAAGCACAGAAAGCUGUUAGCUUUGAGAUUCCUCACCGUGUAUUUGAUCAUGAGCUUUUUUAUUUUAGGAAUCUUUUCUAUUUAUUGGGGGACUGGUUACAAGCGUAACACCAGAUAUGACCGUCUCAGAAUGUUGGUGGUCAUCGAGGAUGCUCAGGUUGUCAACGGUACUGAGCCUGUCAUUGGCAACACCCUAAAGCAUAUCUUGGAGGAGCCUCUGCUGCACGAGCUCGGAAACUGGUUGAUUCAGAAUCUUACGGAGUUUGAGGACACUGCCCGCAGCCAUGGCAAUUCGAUUUACGACGAGGUGGCUCGCCAGGUGCACCAUCAGGAAUACUGGGCCGGAAUUUACGUCCCUGCAAAUGCCUCCAAUGACCUCAAGAACGCUAUCGUUGCUGGUGAUACCUCUUACAACGUGAGCCAGGAGUCUGUUAAGGUGUACUACGAAACGGGUCGUGACAUGAUGGCGAUGAACUCGUACGUCACACCAAAUAUUCAAAAGAUCUCUGCGAGAUUCGCUGCAAACACAAGCGGAGUCGUCAAUGGUCUACUAGCUGGCAUGGACGCCUCUAGCAUUUUUUCAAACAUAGACUCUCGCGAAGUUGCAACAACUCCUCUUCAAUUUUACAUGUAUGAUGCCCGUCCAUGGAAUGACCCAACACUUUUUGCUCCAUCACAGGUUGGCCUUAUUUAUAUGAUCAUUGUGACCUUUUUUGGCUUCAAUUUCUUUCUCGAAAUCCACCAAUCCGUGGCAAGCUUUGGCCUCAAAACUAUCCACUUAAUUUUAUACAGAGUUUUGUCCUCGAUUUUCACUUUCUUUAUCGUCAGUUUGGUGUACUCUCUUGUCACGCUAGCAUUUCAAGUUGACUUCACGGUUGCAUUUGGUCAUUCAGGCUUUUUAGUGUACUGGAUGACAAACUUUUUAACUAUGUGGGCGGUUGGUGCUAUGAAUGAGACCAUGGCGAUGUGGUGUAUCAUGUACUACCCACCACUUCUCGGCUUCUGGAUGUUGUUCUGGGUCAUUGUUAACAUCUCUUCAACUUUUACUCCAAUCGCCCUUUUGCCUAAGUUUUACAGGUAUGGCUACGCCUUGCCAAUUCAUGCCUCGUACGAAAUCACAAAAGUAAUUUUUUUCGACACUUACAAAGGUGCCAUGGGCAGAAACUUCGGUAUCUUGGUCGCAUGGGACGCAUUUGGCACAAUUGCAUUGCUUUUGACCUCCAAAAAAUUCGGCCAGAAAAUGGGUGCAAAAGCUAAGGCUUCAAAGGAGAAGAUCAAGCAAGAAGUGAGAGAGGAGUACGAGAAGAAGAACAUUGACCACAGCGUCUCCGAGUCUCCAAGGGAAAGAGCUGAACAAUGA